GACAUCCUUGUGAUUGAUGUUCCUGAAGAACAAGAUAUACUACUAGGAAUGCCGUGGCUGAAAACAAAAAACCCCGACAUUGAUUGGGUGGAGGAACGCGUGAGGCCGCGAAGCGGUGACCUGUUUACUUGUGGUUAUUAUUCCGUUCAGAGUGGAACAACCAAGUACAUCAGUGGUAAACAGUUCCGACGUAUUCUGAAGAAACCCCGACACAUCGAU